AGACCCGGAAGUCAAACUAGCACGUUGCGCCGUUCGCAGCGACGUUAUCGUUACUGGGGGAAAUACAUAACUGUUCUAAAAUAAAUAACAGUUCGGCAGGACAAGGCGACAUGGCGCUGGUGGUCGACUUUCAAGAUGGACAGUUUGAUGACGCAGAAGAUGACAGCUGCCAAUCACAAGUGUCGACUGCUGAGCAUCACGUGAACCAAGUCAGUCCGCAGUAUGAUGGAGAUGAUGGUGAUGAUGAUUAUGAUUAUGAUGAUGACGACGACGACGAGUGGGCGUGGUCUUCAGGAGGAAGUGAUCUGACAAAACGAUACAAUAGGACCACUUUAAAUCAAGCUAACAAACAGAAUUCAUCCAAUCACACACUUGUGUCGUCCAAGCAGACCGACAGAUCUCUGAGGCGGUUCGAACACAAGAUCAACCUGGAUGAACUGAAUUUUGCAGACUCUGUGAUCAAUAAAGUGACGACAAUGCAGAAGCAGAAGGACGCUGACACGUAUAGAGUGAAGGACAAAUCCGAUCGAGCCACAGUGGAACAGGUUUUAGAUCCUCGGACUCGAAUGAUUCUCUUUAAGAUGUUGAGCAGAGGAAUCAUCUCAGAAAUCAAUGGGUGCAUCAGCACAGGGAAGGAGGCUAAUGUUUAUCAUGCUAGCACGGCCAGUGGAGACAACAGAGCCAUCAAAAUCUACAAGACGUCUAUACUGCACUUCAAGGAUCGUGACAAAUACGUCAGUGGAGAGUUCAGAUUCCGUCACGGUUACUGUAAAGGGAACCCCAGGAAGAUGGUGAGAACCUGGGCCGAAAAGGAGAUGAGAAACCUGAUCAGGUUGCAGACUGCUGGGAUUCUGAGUCCAGAACCGCUUCUUCUUCGGAGCCACGUCCUGCUGAUGAGCUUCAUCGGAAAAGACAAUACGCCUGCCCCGCUGCUGAAGAACGCUGUUCUGUCAGAGUCCAAGGCCCGGGAGCUGUACCUGCAGGUUGUCCACCACAUGAGGAAAAUGUUCCAGGAUGCCAGACUUGUCCACGCCGACCUGAGCGAGUUCAACAUGCUAUAUCACCACGGAGACGCUUAUAUCAUCGACGUGUCGCAGUCGGUGGAACACGACCAUCCGCAGGCGCUUGACUUCCUCAGGAAGGACUGCAGUAAUGUCAACGAGUUUUUUGUGAAGCACGGCGUUGCGGUGAUGACAGUCCGGGAGCUUUUUGACUUCAUCACCGACCUGUCAAUCACCUGUCACAACAUGGAUCAGUACCUGGAGAAGAUGAUGGCCAUCGCGUCUGAUCGGACAUCGGCUCAGCGGUCGGAUCAGGACCGGGUUGACGAGGAGGUCUUCAAGAAGGCGUACAUCCCGCGUACGUUGACUGAGGUCAGUCACUACGAGCGAGACUUCGAUUUGGUCAGGAUGAAGGAGGACGAGUCGGCCAUUAGCGGACGUGACGAUACUAUUCUGUAUCAGACGCUAACAGGACUGAAGAAGGACCUGUCUGGAGUUCAAAUGGUUCCGGCGUUGCUGGAGGACGACAGGUCUUCGUCCUCGUCCUCGCUGGAGGAGGAAGAGGAGGAGGAUGAAGACGAUGAGGUGGGCCAGCUGCAACCUGCCGACGAGCCCACAAUGGACAAAAAGGAGAAGAAGAAGCUUGUCAAAGAAGCUCAGAGGGAAAAGAGGAAGUCCAAAGUACCAAAACACGUGAAAAAGAGGAAAGAGAAAGUGGCCAAGACGAAGAAAGGCAGAUGAGGAGGGCAGCGUCAAGACAUCACCACAUCAUUUGAAUGUAAAAGUGGCUCACAGUCCAGAUGCUGUACCCAAUCACAGCUUAGAUGUGUUGUGCUCCCAGAUGAGUUCUGUCUAAAAAUGAACAAAAUAAUCACAAAUAAUGAUGAAUAAUGACAUCAAUGUUCAUUUUCACUGCAACUACACUAACUAAAGGAGCUGCUUUCAACAGUG